AUGAAGCGGACACUGGAAGACACCGAGUCGCAAGAGGAUAAUCCAAAUAUUCCAUCGGCACAACCGCCCACGGCCGCUACGACCAGUUUUGCGAAUUCGAGAGACUCCUCGACAACGAAUGCACGAAGCUUUAUCAGAUAUAUGGCGCCAAGGGCAUGUUUUCUUGAUCUCCCAUACGAAAUACGUUUGCAGAUUUACUACUACUGCACCCCCAGACAAGCAAUUAUGCAACUCCACGUUCACUUGGACCAUGCAAGAUAUUGGCUUCAUUGCCCUAUACACAGCAACAAUUUAUUCCGGCACUCUCGCAACUGGAGCAAGCACAAAACAUUCAGCUGCGGCCUCUUUCGAGUUUCUCGGAAAGUCAGCGAGGAAGCGUUAGAUAUAUUCUACGGCGAAAAUAUCUUGCUUAUCCUUCUUGGUAUGAGCAGCAGCACUUACCUUCAACGUGGGAAAAUAUCAGAGCAGAACCUUCGAAGGAUCAAGAAUGUUUUCAUCAUUGCCUCCCCUUAUGAUGAUACCGAGUCUGAGAGUGGACUGGCAAUCAACUGGGCGGCUAUCUUUGCAAAUCUUCAGGAACCUCAUUUCUUACUGCCGAAGCCUAGUAGCGAUUACAUGGUGUGCCCAUGUGAUACUGGGCGCUGGAGGUCCAGCGCUGCUCCUCAAUUAAAGGAGUUGAUAAAUUAUCUAGGCAAACUUUUGGCUUCCAAGAGACCCGAGGUGAUAAUCAAAUUCGAUGACACAGGCGAUAGUGGCGUUAGCGAGCUCAUCAGGAGACACUUUCCGAAUCAUUCGGUCAAGGUCCAACUCAGUGAUGAAGUUUUUGAGAGGAGCGAAGCACUGCCUCACUGGUUGAAAAGACGGAGUUACUUGGCAUUCCCUUGA